UAACAAACAAAAACAUGUACUUAUUGUUUUCCUAGAUAAUAAUCCCCGAGGAUGUGCGAGCACCGCCCCCAACAGAUCAAACACAAUCCUUGUAUUCCAGUCCGGUCACUUCGAGGUGUUUCCCCCAGCACAUGUGCACAACUAUCCUUACUCGCGCUUCUCAGAAAACACGAGUACAUAUCUCGAGAUCUCUGGCCUUCUCUCCCUUGUUCUGAUCUACAAUCUUGUGCUGCUUCUUCCGUCAAAAUAUCUCAAUGAAGCCUUAAGACCCAACACCAUCUUGCCUGAUCACACAGCGGGGGUUUACCGGUGUGUUAAAGAAGGCAAUCCUUGGCACUCGUAUCGUAGAUAUAAGUAAGUGUAUAGUGCAUGCUCGACCCCGCUUCGACCACCGUCCUUCGCAUACAAAGACAGAAAGACCAGAUUUUCGAUAGUCCUAUCACUCUAUAGUCUAAGAUCUCUCCCAGCACUAUUUUAAGCUCUCAGGAUCCACAAGUAACAAUGCGCGACACAAUAAAUGACACAGUUCAAUCAGGGGACAAGCCCUUGAUAGAGAUACAGACCACCGUUAAUGACCCAGCUUUUGCGCAUGUGGCUCUACGCCCAGAAAACAAAGAUAUCGGCAGUAAGGAUGUUGUUGGCGAACCCUCGGAGAAGAGGCGAGACCUGACGAGCCAAAUUAUUGAAAACGUGCAUAAGAAAAAUGACAGAUCCCCUCCGGGGAGCUCUAUCAUGACAAAACAACGAAAAGCGCAUGUACCAAUCUUGGGAGAUCACGGAACAGCAACUGAAGAGUCCUCCAUCACUACCCCAUAUACUACUACAUACAUGUAUCCACCACAAACACACUGGAACCCUACCCCACCCGGGCAUCCCCCAGGUGUUCCACCUCACACUCCAAAUCCUCAGAUGAAUACAAGACCAGAGCUGGAUCAGGAGGAAGAAUUAGGCGGCAGAUGCGAAGUUCGCACCCUAUAUCAACAGCCUGUUGCUUCUUGCAGAUGCUGUUUUACCUGGACACAUGAGCUUCCGACCUCUGUCAAACUAUUCCGAGACGCAGAGAUUAAAAUCAAGUCAGGAAAGACCAAGAGAUCUGACGAAACGUUUGCAAUUCUCGAUCGGCAGAGUGUGCAUGGAAACUCGCUUCUUCCGAUUUCAGUCGAAAUCAACAGCGCACGUCUCAAAGAACUUCUCACAGCAGUGUUUGAAGGCUACCCGGCCAUUGAUCUUCGGCAAUCCAGGCCAAAAUUCGCUUACCCAUUCACUCCGUUUGUGCAUAAGUGGAAUGCCCUCAAUGAAUUCAAGCAAAACACCGAGAAUGAGAGAGAUGGAAACCUGAUCGGGUUGCUCAUUGACACACUGAAGGACAAGAUAUCUACUAUCCUAGAUUCCAUGAAGGAAUACCAUGAGACCGGCUACAUCGCAUGGUCUGACCUCUUAUUCACGUUUACACCUGGCGAGAUCGUCGUCCGUAAGCACAAGAAUACAUACGCAGCGGGCCGUUUGUGUCGCGUCAAGAACGAUUCGAAUACAGGCAUGGAUCGUUACAGUCUUGAAGUUGAAGUGGUAGACUGGGAUGGGAAAACGACUGGUUUCAAUCGAACUAAAUGGAUAGUGCCCUCUUACGAAGACACUCAACUAUUGAGGUCGAUGGAUAUAUUCCCCAUGGCAGCUCUAUCAGGCGAGGAUCAAGAUCGAGUUGAAUCCCUUUUGAUAGAGCGUGGCAAGAAAUUCGAAACUUUACGUGGAAUGCACCACAGCCAUUUCUGUGGUGAGUUUCAGACGAGCCGUCCGUUGAAUCGGUAUGGGAUGAUGCCCCAUGAAAUAUCUGGAUCAAUGUCAUCGUUCAUGGACGGGCGUAUCAUGAUAGAUGCUCAUGCAUACUAUCUAUUCCAGGGCUCAUCUUCAAUCAAUCUGAAGCCCCUAUAUGCUGCAAAUCAGGGGGAUACUUCAUCUGAUUAUCUUCACGACCCAGAGAUAGACUAUGCAGUUGAAAUGCCCAGCCACAGACCACUGCCACCACCACCACGUAUGCCUGAGCAGCCAGAUCCUUAUCAAGCUGCAAAUACUCGAAGAUACCAGCCCAAAUUUGACAGCAGGCCUUUGACAGAUGAGCAACGCAUGCUAACCGUCCCAUACGUCAAAGGGUUUUCCCUCCUCAAAAAGACAUGGGGCCUUUUCGAAGUGGAUAAUAUCAGACCAGUUUCCUGGAGUGCGAGUGCCUUUGAUAAUCUGGUCCUGGACGCAGAAGAAAAGGAACUUCUGUUGGCUCUUAUCGAUGUCAAGGAAGACUCGGAUACGACAUCUGAUAUUGUGCAGUUCGAUGACUUCAUUGAUGGGAAAGGACAAGGAAUCAUACUCCUUCUUAGCGGCCCGCCUGGUGUUGGCAAAACACUGACCGCUGAAUCAAUAUCCGAACACAUCAAGCUGCCCCUCUACCGAAUGGGUGCUGGAGAAAUAGGUCAAGUCGCAAGCGUCGUAUCGAAUACGCUGCAAACCGUCCUCGAUCUCUGCGCAAGAUGGAACGCAGUUCUUCUCCUUGACGAAGCUGAUGUAUUCCUGGAGCAGCGCUCAAAUGAUCAACUGCAGCGCAAUGAGCUUGUUUCUGUUUUCCUCACCCUCCUAGAAUACUACCGCGGCGUCUUAAUCCUGACCACCAACCGCCCCACCAACCUCGACUCCGCAUUCGAAUCAAGAAUCGACAUCCUGCUCAACUACAAAGCUCUCGACCAAGAUGCACGCGAAACAGUCUGGAAGAACUUUUUGCAGACUUUGCCGGGGGACAAGGUGAAUGUAUCGUCCGAGGAAGUGAAGAAAUUGGCUGUUAGGGAGUUGAAUGGAAGACAGAUCAAGAGCGCGGUGAAGACGGCGAGGAUUCUUGCUGCGAGGGAGAAGAAGCCGUUGGGGAUGAGGCAUUUGGAGGUUGUGUUGAGUGUGAGGGAGCGUGGGGUCGGUACGCUUUGUGGUGGGGGUGUGGAGAGUGAAUAG